UCCGCCAAUAAAAAACAAAAGAAGAAGAAGAAGCAGUACUUUCCGAGAGAUAAUGAAGAAUCUGGAUAUCUACUGACUGCAGCCGUCCAGAACACACACUCUCCUGUUAAGGCAGAAGAAAUGGCACCUUUAGCUGGGACAGAGCUGAUCCACACACCCGUGCAGCUCUAUCGACACCUGCUGCGAUGCUGCAGGCAGUUACCAUCAGCAGCCAUGCAGCAGCAUUACCGGCACGCCAUACGACAGGGCUACAACAGCCACUCAGACGAAGACGACCCAGAGAGGAUACAGAUGAUCAUCCAGAGGGCCGUCAAGGAUGCAGAAUGGAUUUUAGAUAAAUAUACCAAGAAGAAGUAGCCUCCAUCAGCCACAAGGACAUCAUGUGCUGUAAAUAUUGUUUUGUUUCCAAUAAAUUAUUUCAAUGCAAGAAGUUUACUGUUCAUUAUUUCAAAUCUGAAUGCUGCUGUGUGGAUUUUGGUGAUCCAGGUCUUCUAGUUUCAACAUGAAUAAUUUUCAUCUCAGACACAUGUAACAUGACAACCAGAAACUUCAGUGGACUGAAUGUGACUGCCAAUACAAAACAGCACAAUUGUACAGUGGAAGGUGAGCUUUGCUGGUUGCCAGGUGACUAGUGAAAGCAGUCAGAUGCACCAGAUUAAAGGAGUCCCAGAUAUACCACAUUGCACAUUUUAAGAAUGUUGUAUAAUUUUCCUAACACUUUGUUAUACUCUAUCCAAUACUAUCUCACUAUAGUGCAUUAAAGUUUGUAGUUGUAACAUGAUGCAAAAUGGUGGAGAUGUGUAUGCAAGGCACCGUACAUGACAUUUAAAACUGGUGUUGCUAUAGAAACACAGCAGAAAUAAACAGACUUCUUCCCUUCUAAUUGAAUUCAAUUUUACCAAUUCACAAGAAAUUUCAAAGCACUUUACAGAAGAAACUAUAAUUUAUACACAAACAUAUGGUCAAUCCAGUCAUAGACAGACCCGGUCACAUACAGUCCAAUUCCAUCCUAGUUUUUACACAAAACAUUCCAAGCUUAGUUUAUUAUUCAAACUGGUGAAGUUUUCCAUCUAAGGAAGCAUCAUGCUUCAUGAUGCUGACUGCAGCAUUUACUCCUGGACACGCUUGUAGCGACAGUGGAUGGGAAAACUCCUGUAACAGGAAGAAACCUUCAGCAGAACCAGAGCAGCCAUCUACAAAAACCGACUGGGGCUUUGACAAGACAAAGCAUGCACACAAUUACAGAAAAACUGAUCC